AAUUCAAAUAAUUGCAUAUGGCAACUCGUUUUGUUUUGAUUGAAGCUCGAUAGCCACUUUCGACCCCGAUUCGCACUCGCACCCCGCAAAAUGCCGCGAGGAAAGUACGUCAACCACAAGGGCAAGAACCGGAGGUUCAACAACCCCGAGGAAAUCAACGAGCAGAUGGAGAAGGAGAAGCAGAAGCGCGAGUGGAGAGAAAAGCAUGGCGAAGACCCUGAGGAGGAGUCUGGCGAGGAAAAGGGUUCCGACGCAGGCUCCGACGAGGAAAGCUCGUCCUCGGACGAAGAGGAAAAGGCUAAGGGCGUGCAACACUUAAUUCAGAUCGAGAACCCAAACCGAGUGCAGAAAAAGGUGAAAAAGGUGACCGAGCUGAAUGCGGAAGCGACUUCGUCGUCGUCGUCGGCGGCGCCGCAGUUGUCCAGGAGGGAACGCGAGGAAAUUGAAAAGGAAAAAGCCAGGGCAAAUUACCAAAGGCUACACGCGCAGGGCAAAACCGACGAGGCCAGGGCCGAUCUUGCCAGACUAGCAAUCAUCAGGCAACAGAGAGAAGAUGCAGCAAGGCGGCGAGAAAUGGAGGUGAAGGAAAAGGAAGCGGCCGCCAAGGCCAAGACAGACCAGACUCAGAAGGCAAUGGGCAAGAAGAAGUGAUCCCACCGCAGUGAUUGAUCAAACAACUCGAUAUGCAAUUCAUGUAUGAUUUUCCACGAUUUUUGUAUAACUGAAACUGGUUAUGGUAAUGAGAUAUGAGAAAGAAAGAAAAUUAAUAAAUUAAUAUUAAAGAAAAGCA